CGGCUAGUUCCUUUCAACGAGUCUGUACGAAGGGAAAAAGGCGCCCCUCGCUGUUUGCUGCGGUCUGACUGUUCUUCCUUUCUCUCUCUCCUUCUGCUCUCUUUCUUGUCAGCAUCAUCAGUUUCACCUGCUUCCUUACACUCGCUUUCCUGCACCCCCGUGGGUUCUAUUUCAAGUCAUUCGUUCAUCCCCCUCUCUGUCCUCCGCAGCCCUAAUACUCUAAUACUACUCCUCCUCCUAUCUUCGAUAUUAUCGAUCAGAUAUAUCGCCUGCUCGAUUCAUCUAUUUUCGACCCUCGCACCAUCAGUUGGCCCCUCGUUCCGUCAGAUUCCGGCUCUGGAAGUCUUGUACUCUGCGGCUCAACCUUGAUCAACUCCAUCUUCUAUCCAUCUCGUCCUGACUAUCAUCCAUCAUGCGGGUCGCUUCUCUCUCGUUCCUCGUUUACUCUCUGUCACUCUUGACCGUGACUGCAGGCCAGAGUAAAGCAGUGACAGAACUCGAUGCCAUCACUUCUGCCGUUGCUGGUGCCACCACCGCUGCUGAAACCACCGCUGACACUGCUCCGACAUCAACCUCGUCGUCUGAGUCAACUGAAAGCACCUCGUCGACCAGCAGUGCCGAGACAACAGCAGCAGAGACUACCUCUUCGGCAGAACAACCUACCACCACCUCGAGCAGUGAAGCGCCUUCGACAACCGACCAGGCAGCGACGACAACAUCUUCGUCCUCGUCACCUGCAACCACCGAUGGACCUUCCACCACCUCGGAUCCUUCUUCUACUUCUUCCAGCAGCAGCAGUAGCAGCAGCACUACCCAACUAACCACCAGCCAUACCGUCAAGACCAUUACCACCAUCCACACUAUCAGCGGAACGCCCAUUCCCACCACUCUUACCACCACUUCUGCUUCCGUCGGUGAGGUGACCAACCCCCCGGGUCUCAACAACGAUUCCGGCAGUGGAAACUCUAGCGGUCUUUCGUCCUCCUCGAAGAAGACCAUCGUCGGUGUCUGUGUCGGUGUUGGUGGUGCAAUCGUGCUCGGUGCCGUUGCCUUGGUCUUCUGGAGAAUGAACGCCAGAAAGCGCCACGCACAGGAAAACGACGAGGCUACCGACCUUAUGAGUGGUACCGCUGUCGGUGCUGGUGCUCGUGAGAAGGCCCCUAGCCCUGCCUCCGGCACUCCGUUCAGAAGCACGUUGGACCAAUAUCACAACCCUGGGCCUGUCAACGCUGCGUCCAACUUCUAAGCUAGACAUAUGCUCUGGCUUACGAUCUCUGUUUACCCAAUGACCUAUGAGGCUAUGGGUAAUUUCAACAGCUUGGCAGUCUUUUUGAGGAUGUGAAGUCUGUACGAUUAUCAUGCAAUUGUUUAUAGGCGCUUUGUGGGCGGGAAAUCCUUCGGAUUUUUGAUUGAUGUUUUUU